AUGUAUUUGUGUCGGACGAGAAGUGCUGUGAUCUUCGUCUACUUUUGCAUCACUCUGGUAUGGCAGGGUGUAGACACCGAUGACACCAUCAAUUUAUCAGAAAUCGUCGCGGGAAAAAUUACUUUUCGUCAGAUGGAGGGAAAUGAAACUUACUUACGCAGCACCGGGGAACUAGCGGCAGAUAUACCGACUGAGGCCUCUUUCGAGCUUCUAGAUCCCCGGCACAUGUUUCGUUAUGUGAAGUUCACAUAUACCUGGGACCUGGGCAACGGAGAAGUUAAAGUGGGGAAGGAGCCCUAUGUUCGUUACAAUUACAGCGCUUCAGGAAAUUAUACGGUGACACUGACGGUGGGCGCCAACUGGGCCAGACACACGAAGCUGACAGGAAUCUACUCCUCAGAUUUAAAAGUGUUAGAUGCCAUCAGGAGUAUUGAACUGAUGGGGCCUUCAGAUUUCAAGGUGUCCCAAAGUAUCAGCCUGUCUGUGUUUGUUGGUGGAAGUCCUCCAAUGUGGGUAUGUUGGGAGAUGGUGCAGAACUGUCUGUCAGUCUCCUCUGCCCCAUGCCACUGGGUGAAGCUCUAUGGGAACAUAUUCAACCUGAAUUACACCUUCACAGCCACGGGAAAGUACUGUCUGAACCUCACCGUCCGGAAUGACAUCAGCAUUCUGCAGACCUCCUAUGACAUCAAAGUGUGGAGAGAUCCGACAAGCAACCUGCUCUUCAUCUUUACCUGUGGCACACUCAUCCUGUCCACCUUCUCCCUCAUCAUUGUCACAGUCUGUCGUUCAAAUCGCUCAGCUGCCAGAGGCAAGGUGGAGGUGGCAGACUUCAGUUUCUCCCCUGACUCCCCGAACUUUGAAAUGAAGUCUAAGCAUGUGGGUAGUGUCUCAAGCGUAUGUCCCAGCUCGUCUUCGAAGAAGAAGGGUGAAUUUCGUCCUUUGCUCACUUACUCUGGGAUGGGCUCCUCAACUUGCAUCGCACAGGUGUAG